GUGAAGUUUGCCCCUGUAAAGAGCUCGGUAACCGUAACUCUGGUUAACGUAACCGCCGAGUAUCUUCCCCCACGCUUUGUGCUGAACGUAAAGGCGUCUUGGCGGCGUCUUUAUCUCAAACUAAUCAGCAGCCUAGGCAAAUCACGUGAAACUGAAACGCAGCCCUGAGGCACAGACGCAGUCAAGAAACACGUCACCAGCACACUCCGGGCUUUAAACGCUCUUCAGAAACCUCUGAAACGUGUACUAACGGUUCUCAGCUUCCUUCUGGGGCUUAUUCCUGCGCACAUUCCAGCGCUGUGCGAAAUUGGACUACAAACCCCAUUCAUUGAGCCUUUUUUUCCUCUUCGCGGACUUCCUUUAACGCGAUUGGUCCGCGCGGCUGCGAUUGACGGCUCUGCGUCCAAUCAGCGCUCUCUGACUCUCCUCGAGUUCGGCCGGGAGGCGGGCGCUGCGCCAGCUCACAGAAAGUGCCACGACUCCACAGUCAGCGGCGAGUCCGAAUCACUGGCUGGAAGUGUCUGAAACAGGAUUAGCGGUGGAACAGGACUAAGCAGAGAUGGAUGUGUAUGACCCUCAGACUCUAGGCAUCAUGGUGUUUGGUGGCUUCAUGGUGGUUUCAGCCAUCGGCAUUGCCCUGGUGUCCACUCUCUCUAUGAAGGAGACGUCAUAUGAAGAAGCCCUGGCCAAGCAACGUCGCGAAUUAGCUAAGACCCAACCCUCUCGUGUCGACAAAAAGAAGAAGGCAUCAGAGAAAAAAACCAAAGCCAAGAAGAAGGAGGAGAAACCCAAUGGGAAGCUUCCGGAACAGGGCUGUGGUCCUGAACUUGCUUUGGAGACUAGCGAACCAGAAUCGGAACCAGAACCCACAGCUGUACAAGAGCCUGUUCCUGUGGUCGAGGUCCCAGUUGUUCCAGUGCCUGUGAUUCCUGAACCUAAAGCAGAAGUUGAGGUCAUUCCAGCUAAGGCUGCCGUAGUGGCUGCUCCAUCUGCACCAUCCCCUAAAGACAAGAAGAAGAAGAAGGUUGCAAAGGUAGAGCCAGCCCUUGCUAAGCCAGUGGACGCUGCUGCAGAGACUGUCACUAAAGAACCAGUCCCUAAGGUUGCCAAAGAGCCCAUCACUAAGGAACCUGUUGCUAAGGCUGCUAAGGAACCUGUUGCUAAGGCUGCUAAGGAACCUGUUGCUAAGGCUGCUAAGGAACCUGUUGCUAAGGCUGCUAAGGAACCUGUUGCUAAGGCUGCUAAGGAACCUGUUGCUAAGGCUGCUAAGGAACCUGUUGCUAAGGCUGCUAAGGAACCUGUUGCUAAGGCUGCUAAGGAACCUGUUGCUAAGGCUGCUAAGGAACCUGUUGCUAAGGCUGCUAAGGAACCUGUUGCUAAGGCUGCUAAGGAACCUGUUGCUAAGGCUGCUAAGGAACCUGUUGCUAAGGCUGCUAAGGAACCUGUUGCUAAGGCUGCUAAGGAACCUGUUGCUAAGGCUGCUAAGGAACCUGUUGCUAAAGAGCAGGCCACAAAGGACGCUAAAGAGCCCUCUCCGAAGGUCGCCAAGGAGCCCGCUCCGAAGGUCGCCAAGGAGCCCGCUCCGAAGGUCGCCAAGGAGCCCGCUCCGAAGGUCGCCAAGGAGCCCGCUCCGAAGGUCGCCAAGGAGCCCUCUCCGAAGGUCGCCAAGGAGCCCUCUCCGAAGGUCGCCAAGGAGCCCUCUCCGAAGGUCGCCAAGGAGCCCGCUCCGAAGGUCGCCAAGGAGCCCGCUCCGAAGGUCGCCAAGGAGCCCGCUCCGAAGGUCGCCAAGGAGCCCGCUCCGAAGGUCGCCAAGGAAACAGUUGCCAAGGAGCCUGCCACCAAGGAGCCCGCGGCUAAGGUUGCCAAGGAGUCUGUGGCUAAGGUUGCCAAGGAGCCUGUGGCUAAGGAAGCAGCUGCAAAGGUUUCCAAGGAACCGGUCACUAAGGUUGCCAAAGAACCAAAAGCUGCUAAGGUCACUAAGGAGCCAGUGGUUGCCCAGAUUGUACCAGUGGCUGCAGCUCCACCAAAAUCUGAGGAACCCAAACCUGAAACUCCUUCCAAGAAGAGGUCCAGGAAGAAGGCAGAGCCAGCAGUUACUGUGGAUGCAGCAGACGUGCCUCUGCUGCUGCCAUUUAAAACGCUUGUGGCCACCCUGAGCAGCUCUGUGUUCAGUGAAUCCGAGAUACAAAAACUUUUGGAGAUCAUCGGUGACAAGGCGGGAGCUGAUAGCUGGCAACUGGCGUCUCAGAAGGGAGACCCCUUGGCUGCUCUGAAGAAGCAGCUGGAGGAGAAGGAGAAGCUCCUGUCUGCUGAGCAGGAGAAUGCAGCUGCAGCCAAGACACGCCUACGAGAGCUCACCAAGGAGCUGAGCACUGAGAAGAGUAAGCUGACAUCUGUGGAGACGAGGCUGAGUUCAGUGCUGAGUGCUCGUGAGCAGGAGAUCACUGCGCUGCACGCCCGCAUGAAGGCCUCUUAUGAUGACCACACCCUCCAGUCCCAGCAGCUCAACAGCAAGAUCCAGAGCCUGCAGGAGCAACUGGAGAACGGCCCCACCGCACAGCUGGCCCGUCUGCAGCAGGAGAACACCAUCCUCAGAGAUGCCCUGAACCAGGCCACCAGCCAGGCUGAGAGCAGGCAGAAUGCGGAGCUGGCCAAGUUGCGGCAGGACUGUGUGCGCCUGAGCGGCGAACUGAGAGACCGCACCGACGCCCAGCGUGCCGAGGAGGAGCGCAGGAAGGCUCUGGAGACUAAAGUGGCUGCUGCAGAAGAAAAGCUGAAACAGGCAAAAGCUGGUCGUGUGGAGGCUGAACAGGCUCUGCAGCAGAGGUUGGAGCAAGUCAAAGCAGAGUCGAGGCAGAUGCAGGACAACAGCGCCGCCCUACAGGCUCAACUGGAAAAAGCCCAACAGGAGGCCAGCAAAUUCACUGAUCUGCAGGACCGUGUGUGUGGUGCAGAAACGGAGCUGAAGGCCAGAUGUGCAGAGGUGGAGGCUUUGAAAGCUCAGCUCGCUCAGGAGGCCCCAGUGCAGGCUGAGACACAGGUGGAUAAGUCGGCAGAAGUGGAGCAGCUGAAGAGCAGUUUGACAGAGAGGGAGGGGCAGGUGAGCACGCUGGAAGCGGAGCUCAAGCAGGUGAAGGAGGAGCUUGAAACGGUGAAGAGUGCACAUCCUGAACCCUCCGCCAGCAGUGAAGCAGAGAAGAACGCUCAGACUGCAGAGAUCCAGCAGUUACAGAACAGCCUGAAGGAGAAAGACAGUUUGCUGGUGUCUUUACAAGAGCAGCUAGACAGUGUAUUGGAGGCUCAGAGCUCAGUGCAGCAGCUGCAGGGCAGCCUGGCUGAGAAAGAGAGCCAUGUAGCAGCGCUGGAGGAAGAGCUGAAGCAGCUAAGAGAAGAGAAGGAGCAACAGGAGGCUGCAGCGGAGAUCGCCGAGGCCGAGCAGCCGUUUGAGAAUUUGGAGAAGGAUGCUCGGUUGAUUUCUCUGGAGGAGGAGCUUCAGCAGCUAAGAGAGGAAAUGGAGCAGACAAAAACAAAGAGCAACGAGCUUCGAGAAAAGAACUACGCUGCUGUUGAGGCUCUGGCUGCAGCCGAGAGACUGAGUGAAGAGAGGCUGAGCCAGGCCCGAAACGCUCAGAUUGAGACCGAGCAGAAGCUGAAAUCUGUCCAGAUGGAGGCCAGAAACGCCCUCCAGACUAUCUUCCCACACGUCACAGUGGAAACAGAACAGAGUAACUGGUUGGAGACGUUCACACUGAAAGCAAAGGAGACGCUCUCGUGCAGUCAGCAGGACCUGACUGAGCAGCGGAACGCCGAGACUGAAGCGCAGCUAACAGACACGCUGCAGAAGCUGAGGGAGGCUGAGGAGAGUCAGAGCGCACUGCAGGCCCAGUGUGACCAGUACAGAACCACUCUCAGUGAAACGGAGGGUAUGCUGAAGGAUCUGCAGAGCUGUGUGGAGGAAAGAGAGCAAGCAUGGAAGGCAAAGGUCUCAGAGGCUGAGGAGCAGCAUCAAGCGCUGAAGGGGCAGAUGAUGCUGUUAGAGGCACAGCUGGAGAAACAGCUAGAGUCCAUCAGCUUUAGCCAGACGUGUGCUGAGGAGGUGGAGCAGCUUAAGGCAUUGUUAUCAGCCACUCAGAGCCAGCUCGAUUCUGCCCAAUCAGAAGCUCAGAAACAGAGUGCUGAACUCUUAUUGGUCAGGCAGCAGUUGCAGGAGGUGACCGAGAACGUGCAGACCAAAGGGGACACACAGUCCGGCCAGGUACAGAUGCAGCUGGAGCAAACAGAAGCCCGUCUGCAGACAGAGGAGGGCGUCCACCUGCAGCUGAAUCACAACUACGAGCAGGCGCAGAAGUGUAUCAGGGAUCUGGAGGUUCAGUUGGAGGAGCUGAAGGCAGCAGGAGAGGGAUCCUCCACAGAACUAAAGGAGAGGCUGGAGAAGGAGGUGAAGCUGACGCAGGAUCUCAACGAGGCAGCCGUUAAGCUCCAGCAGCUGCUGAGGAACACCCAGGAAGACCUGAUCAAGGAGAGGGAAGCAGUGAAGAACCUGCAGGAAAAACUACAGGACAAGGAGGGAGAAGAGCUGAAAGAAGGAACCUCCGUGUGACCUCACAGCAAGACAGAGGACGAAUCAAAACUACCAAAAACGCCUUAAUUCUUAUGUUCUUGUCCUCAAUCUCUGAAGUACUGUAGUGGAAACUGCAUGACUGAGGAGGAAUCGAAAGGGAGAGGGGAGUGUCAUAAAUAGGGUCCAAAGGGAAGGGAGCUACAGCAAUGGAUUAUGUCUAAGAUGAUUAUGUCUACGUUCAAAACUCUUCACAUUCCUACAACUUUCAGCGCUCAGUGUUAUUAAAAAUAAAAAAAAAAGGGGGCAAAGCGCUCGUGCAGUAAGACGAGCGCCGGUGUGCAAUCAUUUAUUUUUGUUUUGCAAGGACUAUUCUUAACGUGGACGCAAAAAGAGAAGGAACAUUUCACGUUAAGGUGACUCCUUGCAGGCCUUCCACUUAUUUGUAGUUGGCUGCUGACCAAAUGUGACUUAAAAUGAAAUAAAAACAUUUAAGGGAU